AUGGCGCCAAUGAAACAGGAUAAUCUUUUUAGUAGUAGUAGUAAUUACUACGGCGAGGACGUCGUCGCUUCGCCUCCCCACCAGAUGGAGGCCGUCGACAUCCUCGCCAGCUGCUACCUUGGGCCGAGUGGUAUUCCUGAGGUCCCUUCGACGGGACUUCCAUCGCCGCCAUCAAGCCCCCCCCUCGCGGCCCUCGACACGUCAACCAACCAGCUGGCGGUGACUGCCAAGGCGAAGUCAUCUGCUGGAAACAACAACAGACGUGCCGGGAGCAGUAAUCACAACAACAGCAGGGGACGUCGAGGGGGGGCAACACUACGCAUCAGGGAAGAAUGUGAGAGGUUCUUUUGCGAGACAUUGCGCGCCGUGCUUCUAGGUGAGAAGAACUCGGCGGUGCAGGGCUCGGGCCUGGCUAGUGUUUAUCACGACAACGACAAUUGCAACAACCAUCCCAACCAUGGUACCACAACAACCAACGGCAACAACAACAACACUCCUCUAACCCCGCCAUACGACGACUAUCCAAUCGGGGAUGAACACCUGAUGAGUCGUCAUGGUUUCGAUGCUCGCGGUGUCGCCGGAAACGGAUCGCACCGCGUCGACUCCUGGAUCGAACUAUGGGAUUACGUGGGCGGCACCAGCUUCCGCGGGGUUGUCGCUGAGGAUAUGGAAACCGGGGAGAAGACGUUGAUGAUUUUUUUCGACGAGCAGAGCGUGGAGGGAAGGGAUUUGAAGAAGGCUCUUGUAGCCCUCAUCGAACUGGCCGACGGCCCCCUCGCCUGCUCCCACAUGGUCAUCUGCCUCGACCGCUCCAUCCCCGACCAUGAAGCGGUGCCUUUGAUGAAGGGGCUGCAAUGGGCCGGGUUUUCCAUGACGACUUUCGACUUUUGGUCUGGAGGAAAGACUUGUGACGUAGUGAGUGGGAGGUGGCUGUUUAUGGGCAUGGAGAUGUAAUCCACAUGGGACAGCGACUGAAUGGAAGUGUCAUGUGGAUGCAUUGGGUAGGAAGGGGAAGAGACGGAAGGAGGAACAUGGAGAAUUGUGGAGGAGGGGAGGAAUAACUGGCUGUGAAAAGCGGGAUUUCUUUGCAUCAUCUCCAAAAGUCUGUUUCUUUGUUUCUGUUUCUUCCAUCAGUUGUGCGUUUUCGUUACUCUUUUUUUUUCCACUUCUUCGUUGACCGGCUUCAGAGCAUAUGUCAGGUGCUGGAUGGCAUCAAGUUUGGGGAAAUGACUCAUCUUCUGGAUUGUAUGGAUGGACGGUUUGUUGAACAGGGAGAUUUCGAUUCACUGGCUGAUUGAUAGGAAUAACACAUU